AUGGGGCGCAGCAGCGCACGGAGCGGGACGCGACGGCUGCGGAGUCCCCGGCUCCUCCUGCCCGAUGCGCUGUCAUCAAACGCUGGAGCCUUGGGCAGGAGCUUCUUCCGCGCUCUGCCCCCUGGGCAUCCCCCCUCCCGGGGCACGGGCCCGCCACUGCUGGAAGUGAAUAACCCCCUCCCCGAAGUUCUUCCCCCUCAGACCGUGAACACUGAACAAAGCUAUGAAGGAGUUGCCUUCCCAGAGAGUGAGGAAGAAUCCAUUUUUAGUUUAAUUUUAAAAUCCAAUAAAGGCAGCAAGACCCGUUUAUAUGAAGGUGACAUUACCCCAAAAAGACAUCGCAGUGCCAUAGUCUGUCCAUUUAACUGGUGCUUUUGGCCCAAAUCAUCUAAUGGACUCGUUGUCAUCCCCUAUGUCAUCUCUUCUUCCUACACUCAUGAGGAGAAAGCUCUGAUUGUUGGUGCCAUCCAAGAAUACGAGACCUUGACUUGUAUUCACUUUGUAGACCGCACAACGGAAACUGACUAUAUAUAUAUUUCUCCUAAGGAUGGCUGCUGGUCUUACUUUGGAAAGGUUGGGGGCUCCCAGGUGGUGUCGGUGCGCAAAGGAGGUUGCAUGAGAAAAGGAAUCAUUCAGCAUGAACUAAACCAUGCACUGGGGAUGCUGCAUGAACAGAACAGGAACGACAGGGACAAAUAUGUAGUGAUUUCAUGGCAGUACAUUAGUCCAGGUGAUUUUUAUCACUUUAAGCCAACCAGAGCUAAUAACCUGGGCCUCAAGUAUGACUAUUCCUCCGUGAUGCACUAUCACAGAUUUGCUUUCUCCAAUACAUCUGGAAAGGCAACCAUUACACCAUUCCCUGAUAGCACAGUGCCCAUCGGACAGAGGUUUGGACUGAGUAACCUAGAUGUCGGCAAAAUCAAUAAGUUAUAUGAAUGUGGGAUCCAUAGCACUUUGCUCUCUAAUUUGACUGGAAGUUUUUCCUCUACUAUCUACCGAUCAUCAUACCCAAAGAAUACCUACUCUGUAUGGCUGAUUCGUAUCCCAGCAAACAAAAUUUUCCUGCAGUUUAAUUCCUUAUAUAUCCAGUCCUCCUCAGACUGUGCUUCCAACCAUAUUCUGGUUUACGACGGAGGCAGCAGGAGAGACACUGUCUUUCUGAACAAAUUGUGUCGACCAAAGCAGCUCCCCUCAAUAGUGUCUUCCGGGAACAUGAUGCUUGUGGAGUUGGUCAGUGAUGGCACCACUUUCCCCAAAUUUAAGGCUUCUUACAGUUCUGUGCAAUGUGGCAAGACUUUUACUGCCAUGAAUGGGAAAUUUGAGUCUCCACUGUAUCCUUCUCACUAUCCUCCGCUAACAGACUGUGCCUGGAUAAUGAUAGCGCCAGAAGGAUCCAAGAUAUCAUUGACUAUAUUGUCCUUCCUUCUGGAGGAUUCCUUUCAAUGCCAGCAUGACUACCUGGUUAUUUAUGAUGGAGGUACAAUCACAGCCCGUUCUGAGGGUAAAUACUGUGCGAAUGACAUAGUUCCAGGCUUCAUCUCCUCUGGGAACUCAGUGCUUGUCCAGUUCCACAGUGACUACUUCCUGCAGUAUCUUGGAUUCCAGGCUGAAUACUCAUUCAUUUCAUCCUGAGAGAUGCCUGAAAGGACUACUCUGACCCAUGCAUCAUGAUGAUGCAGGUAGAUGUCUGACAAGUGAUUUCAUCUGAAAGGGGAAUCUGCCAUUUAUAUAUUUGCCUGUUGUAGUCUUUGUACUUGGAGAAUAUGCGUGAACGCCCUUUUCUAGGCUAUGUAAUGAUAUACGUUUGUAAUAGAGUAUUGGGAUCUAUAGUGUGUCAGGUUUUCUUUCAACUUUUCUCUCUAGCCAGCUCUAGCUAACACCACCCGUCUAACAUCCAACUGGUGUAGACCACAGUGGCUCACUUUCUGAGCAGGACAUCUCUCUGUGGUUACAUGAAAGCAGUGUUCCAGUUUCUCCCCUGACUGCCCAUCAAUCUCUGGGUAGAGUUUAAGGUGUCAAUUGUUAGAGAUCUUAUUCCUUCAUCCUCUCACUUCCCUGGUCAUGAGCAGAGCAACAAUACCCAAAGUCCAAAAGUGCAAACAAUUCAAUGUUUAUUGGGGUGAACUUCCAACAAGCUUAAAUCCAAGUUCCUUUUUCCUUAUUUUUGAAUCCCAACUUACUUCCUGUUUGCCCCUAAUUUAUAUAGUAAUAUUCUCAGCUAUACCUUAACCAUUCUACUGAAAUUUACCCAGCCAAUCCCAACAUAUUGUAACAUUAUUAGCUAACCAAUUAUAUCCCACCACUUUAAUUAGUUUACUCACAGCAAAAUUAAUUAUACAGCAGACAGAA